AUGAAGUCAUAUAUUUCCUUGUUUUUCAUAUUGUGUGUUAUAUUUAACAAAAAUGUUAUAAAAUGUACAGGAGAAAGUCAAACAGGUAAUACAGGAGGAGGUCAAGCAGGUAAUACAGGAGGAGAUCAAGCAGGUAGUACAGGAGGAAGUCCACAAGGUAGUACGGGAGCAAGUCCACAAGGUAGUACGGGAGCAAGUCCACAAGGUAGUACGGGAGCAAGUCAACCCGGAAGUUCCGAACCAAGCAAUCCUGUAAGUUCCGGACAUUCUGUAAGUACUGUAUCAGUAUCACAAACUUCAACUUCUUCAGAAAAACAGGAUACAAUUCAAGUAAAAUCAGCUUUAUUAAAAGAUUAUAUGGGUUUAAAAGUUACUGGUCCAUGUAACGAAAAUUUCAUAAUGUUCUUAGUUCCUCAUAUAUAUAUUGAUGUUGAUACAGAAGAUACUAAUAUCGAAUUAAGAACAACAUUGAAAAAAACAAAUAAUGCAAUAUCAUUUGAAUCAAACAGUGGUUCAUUAGAAAAAAAAAAAUAUGUAAAACUACCAUCAAAUGGUACAACUGGUGAACAAGGUUCAAGUACGGGAACAGUUAGAGGAGAUACAGAACCAAUUUCAGAUUCAAGCUCAAGUUCAAGUUCAAGCUCUAGUUCAAGUUCAAGUUCAAGUUCAAGUUCUAGUUCAAGUUCUAGUUCAAGUUCAGAAAGUCUUCCUGCUAAUGGACCUGAUUCCCCUACUGUUAAACCGCCAAGAAAUUUACAAAAUAUAUGUGAAACUGGAAAAAACUUCAAGUUGGUAGUAUAUAUUAAGGAGAAUACAUUAAUACUUAAAUGGAAAGUAUACGGAGAAACAAAAGAUACUACUGAAAAUAACAAAGUUGAUGUAAGAAAGUAUUUGAUAAAUGAAAAGGAAACCCCAUUUACUAAUAUACUAAUACAUGCGUAUAAAGAACAUAAUGGAACAAACUUAAUAGAAAGUAAAAACUACGCAAUAGGAUCAGACAUUCCAGAAAAAUGUGAUACCUUAGCUUCCAAUUGCUUUUUAAGUGGUAAUUUUAACAUUGAAAAAUGCUUUCAAUGUGCUCUUUUAGUAGAAAAAGAAAAUAAAAAUGACGUAUGUUACAAAUACCUAUCUGAAGAUAUUGUAAGUAAAUUCAAAGAAAUAAAAGCUGAGACAGAAGAUGAUGAUGAAGAUGAUUAUACUGAAUAUAAAUUAACAGAAUCUAUUGAUAAUAUAUUAGUAAAAAUGUUUAAAACAAAUGAAAAUAAUGAUAAAUCAGAAUUAAUAAAAUUAGAAGAAGUAGAUGAUAGUUUGAAAUUAGAAUUAAUGAAUUACUGUAGUUUACUUAAAGACGUAGAUACAACAGGUACCUUAGAUAAUUAUGGGAUGGGAAAUGAAAUGGAUAUAUUUAAUAACUUAAAGAGAUUAUUAAUUUAUCAUUCAGAAGAAAAUAUUAAUACUUUAAAAAAUAAAUUCCGUAAUGCAGCUGUAUGUCUUAAAAAUGUUGAUGAUUGGAUUGUAAAUAAGAGAGGUUUAGUAUUACCUGAAUUAAAUUAUGAUUUAGAAUAUUUCAAUGAACAUUUAUAUAAUGAUAAAAAUUCUCCAGAAGAUAAAGAUAAUAAAGGAAAAGGUGUCGUACAUGUUGAUACAACUUUAGAAAAAGAAGAUACUUUAUCAUAUGAUAACUCAGAUAAUAUGUUUUGUAAUAAAGAAUAUUGUAACAGAUUAAAAGAUGAAAAUAAUUGUAUAUCUAAUCUUCAAGUUGAAGAUCAAGGUAAUUGUGAUACUUCAUGGAUUUUUGCUUCAAAAUAUCAUUUAGAAACUAUUAGAUGUAUGAAAGGAUAUGAACCUACCAAAAUUUCUGCUCUUUAUGUAGCUAAUUGUUAUAAAGGUGAACAUAAAGAUAGAUGUGAUGAAGGUUCUAGUCCAAUGGAAUUCUUACAAAUUAUUGAAGAUUAUGGAUUCUUACCAGCAGAAUCAAAUUAUCCAUAUAACUAUGUGAAAGUUGGAGAACAAUGUCCAAAGGUAGAAGAUCACUGGAUGAAUCUAUGGGAUAAUGGAAAAAUCUUACAUAACAAAAAUGAACCUAAUAGUUUAGAUGGUAAGGGAUAUACUGCAUAUGAAAGUGAAAGAUUUCAUGAUAAUAUGGAUGCAUUUGUUAAAAUUAUUAAAACUGAAGUAAUGAAUAAAGGUUCAGUUAUUGCAUAUAUUAAAGCUGAAAAUGUUAUGGGAUAUGAAUUUAGUGGAAAGAAAGUACAGAACUUAUGUGGUGAUGAUACAGCUGAUCAUGCAGUUAAUAUUGUUGGUUAUGGUAAUUAUGUGAAUAGCGAAGGAGAAAAAAAAUCCUAUUGGAUUGUAAGAAACAGUUGGGGUCCAUAUUGGGGAGAUGAAGGUUAUUUUAAAGUAGAUAUGUAUGGACCAACUCAUUGUCAUUUUAACUUUAUUCACAGUGUUGUUAUAUUCAAUGUUGAUUUACCUAUGAAUAAUAAAACAACUAAAAAAGAAUCAAAAAUAUAUGAUUAUUAUUUAAAGGCCUCUCCAGAAUUUUAUCAUAACCUUUACUUUAAGAAUUUUAAUGUUGGUAAGAAAAAUUUAUUCUCUGAAAAGGAAGAUAAUGAAAACAACAAAAAAUUAGGUAACAACUAUAUUAUAUUCGGUCAAGAUACGGCAGGAUCAGGACAAAGUGGAAAGGAAAGCAAUACUGCAUUAGAAUCUGCAGGAACUUCAAAUGAAGUCUCAGAACGUGUUCAUGUUUAUCACAUAUUAAAACAUAUAAAGGAUGGCAAAAUAAGAAUGGGUAUGCGUAAAUAUAUAGAUACACAAGAUGUAAAUAAGAAACAUUCUUGUACAAGAUCCUAUGCAUUUAAUCCAGAGAAUUAUGAAAAAUGUGUAAAUUUAUGUAAUGUGAACUGGAAAACAUGCGAGGAAAAAACAUCACCAGGACUUUGUUUAUCCAAAUUGGAUACAAAUAACGAAUGUUAUUUCUGUUAUGUAUAA